AUGGGGCAGCACUUUCUGUUCCACCGCGACCUGGUGGCGGCCACGGCCGUGCAUCACGCGGUGCACGCGCGGCUCUCGAGCGACCUGCAGUCCGACCUGGUGCUGCUGGGGCCGCAGUGGCUGCGCGUCUACCGCGUGGAGCCGAGUCCGAGCGCCGAGACGUCGUCGUCCAAGGGCCAAGUGCUGCACCUGCUGGCGUCCUUCCCCCUGGCGGGCGUGGCCCAGAGCGUCCACGUGCUGCGCUUCGACCGCAGUCUGCUGAGGAAGAAGCACCGCUUCUUCGGAGGCGAGGAGGUGCUGCUGCUCACGUUCCCGCUCUUCAAGUGGGUCAUCGUGGGCUACGACCGCCGCUCGCGCAGUCUGGCCACGCUCGCCAUGUUCUCCUUCGAGGAGGACGCUAUCGGCCCUGGAGCCACGCUCAAAGGAGAGAUGAACGGCCGCGAGCAGCUGCUGGGCCUUGCGACCCACGCGGCCGCCAGAGUCGACCCGCAGACGAGAUGCGGAGCCAUGCUCGUGUACUCGGACCAGUUGGUGAUCGUGCCCUUCCGCAGCGAGUCGAUGGAGCUGUCGUUCUUCGAGGAAGACGAGGAUGAGUUCGACGAUGGAGACCAGGCUGGAGCCACGACGGCGGACUCGGACGAUGAAGAGGAUGACGAAGAGGAGAAGAAGCUCGAGGAGCUCGUGAACGAGAGCAAGCACAGAGGAGUGACGAGCGAUAUGAACAACACGCUCAACGCGCUGCUGGACAAGAGUGUCAAGGUGGGCUCGAAGAGGAAGAGGAACCACAUGAGCGGACUCAUGCCGAACGAUAUCACUGGACGCGAGUUCUUGCUGCGUCUGCGCGAGCUGGAGAUCAUGGGAAAGGUUAUCGACUUGGCGUUUCUGGACGGAUACUUGGAGCCGACGCUGAUGGUGCUGCACGAGGAGAACGAGAAGAACUCGACGUGUGGACGUCUGGCGGCUGGAUUCGACACGUACUGCAUCACUGUCAUCUCCAUCAACAUGAACACACGACUUCACCCCAAGAUUUGGACUGUGAAGAAUCUUCCGUCAGAUUGCUUCAAGCUGUUUCCGUGCCGUGCGCCGCUGGGUGGCGUGGUGGUCUUGUCAGCGAACGCCUUCCUGUACUUUAACCAGACACAGUUCCACGGACUCGCCACCAACGUCUUCGCGAGCAAGACGGUGAACCAGUCGGUGUUCCCCCUUAGCGAUGCCGUCUACGAGACUCCAGACCACGAGAUGGCGCAGCUCCAUAUCGUGCUCUAUGACUGCCAGUUCGAGUACUUGCACGAGAAGGAAGUUUUGCUGACCAUGCCGAAUGGGGACGCGUAUGUGCUAUCUCUUCCGUACGAAGACACUUCCAGCCGUGGUCUGUACGGUUUUGGAGGAGCAUCGUCCAGCCGGAACGCGUCGUUAUCACUGCGAAUGCUUCGCUCUGGCAUUCAAGCGCAUUGUCUGUGCGUGAACGAAGAGAAGAAGACGCUGUUUGUUGGCUCAAGGUCAGGCGACUCAGUCCUGUAUGCAUUGGAUCAGAAGAAACUUACUAGUGCUGGAGGCGAAGCUUCGAAGCAGCAGGAAGACGAGGAGAUGCUGAUAAAGGAGGAGGUGGUUAAAGAAGAAGUGACCGCUGAGGUGAAGGCCGAGCCUGCUGAAGAAGAGGAGGAAGACGAAGAUGAUUUGUUCCUGUAUGGUGCAGCGCCUACGAAAGAAGAGCCCACGACAAGUGGUUCUACGGAGGCUGUGAAUGGUACAAAUGGAUCCGCUGUCAAGAAAGAGGAGAACGGGCAUGCUGUUGAAGAAGAAAGCGGUCCGUACGAUUAUGUGCUCCACCAGAUUGAUGUGCUUCCAAGCAUCGGGCAGAUCACGUCGAUUGAGCUGGGCAUUGAGAACAAUGCGGACUCGAAUGAGAAGCGCGAGGAGCUUGUUAUUAGUGGCGGAUACGAGCGCAGCGGAGCUAUCUCGGUGCUACACAAUGGAUUGCGUCCGAUCGUCGGUACGGAAGCUGAGUUGAACGGCUGCCGAGCAAUGUGGACAGUGUCGUCUUCGCUUCCUUCUGCGACAAAGAGCUCCGAUGGUCGCAGCUACAAUGCGUACCUGAUUUUGAGUGUUGCUCAUAGAACGAUGGUGUUGCGAACUGGAGAAGGCAUGGAGCCCUUAGAGGAUGACAGCGGCUUCUACACGUCUGGCCCAACGCUUGCCGCUGCAAACCUUUUCAACAAGCAGCGGAUUGUUCAGAUCUUCAAGCAAGGCGCGCGAGUGAUGAUGGAGGUGCCCGAUGAGGAAACGUCAAACGGAAACGAUGGAGCUGAAAAGACUGCCAAGCCAGAGGAUGAGGAGGUUGACGAUGAAGACGACGGACCGAAGGUCAAGUUGGUUUGCACGCAGGAAAUUACUCUGGAGGGUGAUGUCGAGUGUGGAGGCAUGAACGUUGAUACGGCAACGGUGGGAAUUGUGUCCGUGGACGUUGUCGAUCCGUACAUUUUGCUGCUUCUGACGGACGGGUCGGUUCGCCUGCUUAUGGGCGAUGAAGAAGACAUGGAGUUGACAGUUAUCGAUCCAGAGAUCGACUACCUUGACGGCGUCACGGAAUCAAAUGGAACUGCGGACGCAUCCAAACACGGCAGCAGCUCUGCGUGCCUCUUUUACGAUUGGGCAGGCAUGUUCCGCGAGAACGCUUGGGGUGAAGACGAUCGGGAAGAGCGUGCUGAGUCUGCUGCAGCUGAGACUAAGACCGAAAGUAAUGGUGAUGACGACGAUGACAUGGACGCAUUGUACAGUGCAAAACCCAGUCCGAAGGCUCCAUCUAACCGGAGCAGCUCAGCAAAGCCGACGCCGAGCCAAGCUGCUCCGACGAACGCUGAUGGCUCCGUGUCGAUCCCGUUGCUAAAGCAGAAGGAUGCCAAGAUGAUGUGUGGUAUGUGCUUCGGGGAUGGCUCGCUGCACGUGUUUUCCCUCCCCGACUUUAAAAAGAGAGGAGUUUUCCCGUAUCUCACGUUUGCACCACAGUCGCUCGUUAAUACGUUGGAGCACUACCAAGUCGGCAAGAACAAGACUGUGAAAUUCUCCGCUCCGGUUCUAGGCCUCAACGCAUCGACAUCUUCUGCGAACGACGGCCGUAUCAAGAAGUCGCACACAAUGAACUCGCCGGUGGCUGACAUUAUCAUCCACCGUGUCGGUCCUAGCGAAGGCCAGCAUAACGCGCAGUACCUCUCACAGAUGGUGAUGCUGGUGUUUUUGGCGAAUGGCGACUUGCUGAUGUAUUCUGCAACUCCCAAGUAUGAGAGCUUGAAGCCUCGAGCGAACGGAGAAGUUGCCCCAGUGUUCCAUUUCGUCCGCGUGGGGUCUGAUUUGAUCACUCGACCGUUAAUUCCGCCACGAGCACGCACGAGCGCCCACAACGAGGCCGGCAAUAACCCCGAGGUGAACACAAGUGCAGUUCUAGCCAAACUCCGAGCUGGAUUCCGAUACCCCAUGCUGACAACCUUCUACAACGUGAACAACAUGAGCGGCGCGUUCUUCCGAGGUGCGCAUCCAAUGUGGAUUUUAGGCGACCGCGGUCAGCCAACCUUCAUCCCGAUGUGCAGCGCAGCCCCCAAGGUGAGCGUGCCAGUGUUGAGCUUCACGCCUUUCCACCACUGGAACUGUCCGAAUGGCUUUAUUUACUUCCAUUCUCGUGGCGCACUGCGUGUGUGCGAGCUUCCUUCAAGCAAAACGUCGACGAUCCUGCCGUCAAGUGGCGGGUUUGUCCUUCAGAAGGCUGAGUUUGGCGCCACGUUGCACCACAUGCUGUACUUGGGCAACCACGGCCCCGGCGGUGUGUCCGAGGCGCUUGAAGCACCUACGUAUGCUGUAGUCUGCAGUGUGAAAAUGAAGCCGACGGACGCGGAGCGAGCCACCGAAGUCGAGGAUGCAGACGAAGAGAAAGAGCCUGAAAACCUGGACGCCAACGGAAACCCUGUGGGAAGCAACGUGAUGGCGCCCACAGCCGAGAUGUUCCCCGAUUUUGAGAUCGAUCAGAUGGCCCACACUGAAGAGGAAGUUUACGAGUUGCGUUUGGUGCAGACGAACGAGUUCGGCGAGUGGGGACGACGCGGCGUUUUCCGCGUGCAUUUCGAGCGGUAUGAGGUUGUUCUGAGUGUGAAGCUCAUGUACCUGUACGACUCGUCGCUGAUGAAGGAGGAAGUGGCUUCUACUUCGGCCGAGUGGAACAAGAAGAAGCGGCCCUACCUCGUGAUCGGUACGGGCUGGGUCGGCCCGCAUGGAGAAGACGAAAGUGGCCGCGGACGUCUGCUGCUGUACGAACUUGACUACGCCCAGUACGUGGACGAAGAGGGUGGCUCUACUAGUAGCAAGCUGCCCAAGUUGCGGCUAGUGUUCAUCAAGGAGCACCGCCAAGGAGCCAUUUCGUCGGUGGUACAGCUUGGACCGUACGUACUUGCGGCCGUUGGCUCGAAGCUCAUCGUGUACGAGUUCAAGUCGGAGCAGCUGAUCGGCUGUGCAUUCUACGAUGCGCAGAUGUUCAUCGUGACUCUGAAUGUCGUCAAGGACUUUGUCAUGUACGGCGACGUCUACAAGAGCGUCCACUUCUUGCGCUGGAGGGAGAUGCAGCGGCAGUUGGUGCUGCUAGCAAAGGACUAUGAGCCGCUGGCGGUCUCAGCUACUGAGUUCAGCGUGUUUGAGAAGAAGCUGGCGCUACUGGCUGUGGACAUGGAUGAAAACCUGCACGUCAUGCAGUUCGCGCCGCAGGAUAUCGAGUCUCGUGGCGGUCAGCGCUUGCUGCGUGUUAGCGACUUCCACCUGGGGGUACAAGUGGCUAGUAUGUUCCGCAAGCGAGUGGAUGGUCCUGGUGGACAUGUGGCUGUAAACGGCCGUGGCCCGCGGGCUCCUCCUUCCUACUACGUGAACGUCAUGGGUAAUUCGGAGGGUGGAGUUGGCGCUUUGAUUCCUGUGGGUGAGCGCGUCUUCCGCCGACUCUUUACGCUGCAGAACGUGAUGGUGAACACGCUGCCGCAAAACUGCGCGCUGAAUCCGCGCGAGUUCCGCAUGCUCAAGACCAACGCGCAACGGCGAUGCGGCCGACCUGAUGCGUGGAGCAAGAAGAAGUGGAAGAAGAGCUUCCUGGAUGCGUUCGUGCUGUUCCGCUUCCUGCAGCUCGACUACGUCGCGCAGAAGGAGCUCGCGCGCUGCAUUGGUACCACGCCUGAGGUUGUCAUUCACAACCUUCUGGAAGUACAGCACGCCACUGCGACGUUCUUGUAG